AUCCAGAAACAUCUGCAGUCUAUGUUUUACUUGCUCAGGCCGGAGGAAACGCUUAAAAUGGCGGUGAAACUAGAGAGUGUUCAUGCUCUGAGGACGAGAUAUUUGGUUGUUGUAUCAAGGAUGGGCAGUAGAGGCGAGGAAUGCUGUCUGUUAGGCAUUGACUGCAACGAAAAGACCACAGUUGGUCUAGUACUUCGAGUCAUGGCCAAUACUCAGAUAACGCUUGACGGAGACGGGGGCUUCAGCGUAAGCGUGUGCGAGCGACAUCAUAUAUUCAAACCAGUUUCGGUGCAAGCUAUGUGGUCAGCUUUACAAACUUUACACAAAGUGAGCGCCAAAGCGAGAGAGCAGAAUUAUUUCCAGGGCGGCCUGACGCACUCUUGGGUGGAGUACUAUGAGAACCGAAUCGAAUCUGACCGAUCCUGCCUCAACGAGUGGCACGCCAUGGAUAACCUAGAGUCGAAGCGACCACCUUCGCCUGAUUCCAUUCGCACCAAGCCAUCGGAAACGGAGGAAACGGAAAAAGUGAUACGUGCUACCUUGAAGGAGAUUAUGAUGUCCGUUGAUUUGGACGAGGUGACUAGCAAGGCGAUCAGAACGAAGGUGGAAGAAGAGUUGGAUAUGGAUUUGACGGCGUACAAGUCUUUCAUUGAUCAGGAAAUACUGGUGAUUCUCGGUCAGAUGGACGCCCCGACCGAGAUAUUCGACCACGUGUACUUGGGUUCCGAAUGGAAUGCUUCCAAUUACGAGGAAUUGCAAAAGAAUGGGGUUGGCCAUAUCCUGAAUGUUACCAGAGAAAUUGAUAAUUUCUUUCCCGGUACAUUUGAUUACCUGAACAUUCGAGUGUAUGAUGACGAACAAACUGAUCUCUUAAAGUAUUGGGAUGAUACUUACAAAUACAUCACAAAAGCCAAAGACAAGGGUUCGAAAGUAUUAGUUCACUGCAAAAUGGGAAUUAGCAGAUCUGCAUCUGUAGUAAUAGCUUAUGCAAUGAAGGCUUGCAAUUGGGAUUUUGACACAGCUCUAAAACACGUAAAAGGAAAGCGAACAUGUAUUAAGCCAAACACUAGUUUCCUUGUACAGUUGGAAACCUAUCAGGGUAUUUUGGAUGCCAUGAAAAACAAGGAAAAAUUACAGAGAUCAAAGUCUGAAACUAACCUCAAAUCACCAGGGUCAAAUGGAAAAAAUGAAAAAGUGUUGGCAAAUAGUGAACCUACCCCUAUAAUUCAGGCAUUUUCCAAAUCACAUAAUAUCGAAACUACAAUGUCAGGACAUGACUUACAGCAUUUGGGUGUCCGCCCAAAAUCUUGGUCUCCAGACAAUUUGGCUACUAGAGAAAUGGCUAAUGCCACAAAGUCCUCGCCUCUUUUUAUAUCCUUGGAAGAUAUCAGUCAAAAAUCUUCCUCCAAGGAGUCUAUGAAAGGUUUACAGAAUUCCUUGGAAUUAAAAACCCCACUUGCCACACACGUAUUAAUGCCCUGUGAUAACGGAGAAUCCUACAGUGUCUCUCCAAACCAAAUUGUUCACUUACCUGGUCAUGAUACCACUUCCACUUGGAGUUGUGACAAGAAAAAAUUAGUAUUAAAUCUUGCAACUCAGUUCGAAAUGGCAGAUCAGCGAAAGACAAUUGAAGUGAGUGAAAGUUCCUGUAAUGUAGUGCAUAGUGAAAAGUAUGACAAAAGAGUUGAAGACUUGAAAAAAGACACUUGGGAUCCAGGUGAGAAAAAAAGAAGCACAUUCUCUCACUGUGACAAUUUAAAUGAUGUCUGUGAUUUUGAAAUUAAUAGUGUAAGUGAAAGUCAGACUGUGUGGACCUCCUCAACAACAGUCAAAACAGAAAGUUCUGUUUUACCUAGUUGUAAUAGUACAGUUAAAGUUCCUGAUUUGUUCCGCACACAAACGGUAGCCCUACGAAAAGACAGUGAUCCGUUUUCGAACCAGUUAGACAAAUUUUUUGACCGUGAAGAAAAGAAACAGUAUAGAAUGUCUACCAUUCCUGUGAUUUCUUCGGCAUAUGCUCCUGAGCUCUCUAUUGACGAAAAAUUCAGAAGGGAUUCUCCAUCACGGCAGAGUUCUUGGAGUUCCUAUGAUUCGGCAGUUGCGUUGGGCUUUCAGAAUGAAAACUGUGAAUUGUCACGACAUAGCUCUUGGGGUUCUGGGGAUACUCGAAAUUUGCCUAGCAGAAAUAGCUCAUGGGGUUCUUACGAUAUGCGGUCUAGAGGUCCGGUUCAUUAUAUGAAUGAAAAAGGUGAGAAGCUGUUGCAUAACUCGGAAAUAUCAAACAACACUUCUUGCGGACUAUUUCCGUAUGAAAAGGAGGAUAUUCCAUUCCAUCCAGGAACUGUUAAGAGAUCAAAACAAAAAAUAGAGGGAGGCUCAACCAAAAAUCCCCAUACCAGUGAUCACUUGAUUAGUAGUUGUGUCUCUCUAACCAAGACUCCUAGUUCUGAAACUUUGUUUGAUUUCAUUCCAGAAGCAGUGAAUACUGUUGUUAUUGAGUCAGUAUCAAAUAGGGAAAAUAUCAUGUCUAGUGCCAUAUCAGACAAAAUAAACAUUCCUUGCGAGGACCGCCAAUCUUCCAGCUUUUCAAGGUUAUCAAUAAGUGCUCCCGAGCAAUCUUCAAUGGAGUUGAUAACACAAGAGGGAACUCUUUCUCGUUCAGCAUCAAAUGUUUCCUCAGUGAGCAAGUUAUCAAAAGAAAAUUCAAAUUCAGUGAUAAGUACAGCACAGUGUUCUUCAGUAAAACAGCACAGAACUUUUUUAGAAAAUUUACAUAAUCUGCAAGACUCACAGUACAUGUCAAGAAAAGCUGAGGAUAUGUUAGACAGUUCAAGUGGUUUAGGCAAAGUACGUAACUUAAAGAAAGAAUUUGAGGCAAAGUCAAGCACAAAUAUGGAUCAAAUUGAGAUUAUUGAAAAAUCUUGUAAACAUAAAGUUAGUAGUUUGCCAUCAUCACCAAUUAGUAUACAUGUGGUCAAAGAAAAGCAAGAAGAAAGUAAGAGUGUUUCAGAUGAUGGAAACUUCAAAAACCUCAUAGGACUGUUUGAAAACAAAGAAGGCGCUCAGGUAAAUCGUAGGCACAAGUAUAAUACCACUGGUAGGCCUUUCACACCCAAUCGCAAUACUCGAUACUCUUGCAUAGAAAUGACUGUUGAAAAAAAAAACCGAAUUUUACAAACACCCCUUAUUUCUAAUCUUAAUAGGAAUGGUUCUCCCGUAGAUAAGAACGAUGACAAGAGACCUCCGAUAGUUCCAGUCGUCAGAAAUUCUACACCUGGAUUGAUGGUAGCAGCUACAGUAAUCACAGCUGCCAAAAAGAAACAGCAACAGUAUGGAAAAAGUCAUCCAUUGGCUAGGUUAAAUAUAAAACCCAGACAUAAUAAUCCUGUCUAUAACACUAUGUAAUGCUCAAAUUACAGAAGAGGCUGUGACUGCACUAUGUUUUUUAUAUUGUAAUUUUUUCUUUUGUUGAACGUGGAUGAGCUUGGAGCUUGAUUAGUUCUCGUUUUGUGUAUAUGGCUAAUUUUUCACUAUUUAUUUUUUUAUUUAAACGACUCGAACUCAAAUAUUAUAUAAUGAAUUUAUAUCACUCUACAUUAUGUUAAACAAUUUGGAACUGUUGUAAAAUACACCUUUUAGUGCUUGUAUUCCAUUGAAACUCAAUAUUGCUUGUGAGAGCUUUCAUGUUUAAUAACUGUAAAAAAAAGAUUGUUAUUAAAUUUUUCAAAAAACAUUUUUCCAACUGAUAAACUUAAUUGGCAUUUUUUUAAUAAAUUGAAUGAUUCUUGAUUCAUAAGUGUAAGGUCAGCCUUUGAUGGCCAACACAAUAAAUCAGUGCACCAAAUGAUAUUGGCAGUAACUUUGCACUAAAUCAUUUUCUGAAAUACAAGCAUGAAAUGUAAAUAACUCUUCACCAAGGCUUUAAGCAGUUAUGCUGAUGAAAAUAGUGCAAACUAAACUUAGGAUAAAUAGUGUCUGUCUGUGUUGCUUACUGUAAAUAGGCAAAUGUAUUUUUCGAACUUGUUGAAUAUGAAUUUUUAUUGAACUUUACAAACUGCUGUAAUAUUUUCUGUGUGAAAGUGACAUCCUUAACAAAAUUCAUUUUGUUAAUGUAAUUUACUGCCAAAAUAUUCAACUGUGGACCAUGAUAACAAUAAGAAUGAAAGUUUAGGUUGAUGGUUUAGUGAUAGUAUUGCUCUGAUAUUCUGAAAAAGUCAGAGACCAUAGGGAUAUCUACAGAAAAUAUUCUUUGGGGGUAUUUCAGAACGAAAGAAAAGUUGAUUUGGGUAUUUUUAACAAUGUGUUUUCUAAUUGUUAUGCUCAGUAAAACGAGAGCAAAUCGUGAGAGUAGUUUUAUAUAAAGAAAAUUAUUAUUCUGUGUUUUCAAUUUUCAGUAUAUCUGUCUUAGAAAUCAUUCACUCAUUGGAUUUUUUUUACUUUUUUCAACUUAUUCUGGAGAAAAAACUAUAAUUUAAAUUUCAAAAACAUAUUUUGAAAAAAAAAGAAUUUGAAUGAAUAGGUGGAGAUUGACAUUUGAAACAACAAUGAACUUUUGGUUAUGUGGUUAUGUUCCAUGAACCAGUCUCAAGUUAGGAGUCAUUUUUCAUCGGCUUGUUUCAUUUAACCACCAAAAUAUUGGUGGAAAUUAAAAUUUUUUUUUCAAUAUUAUCCAUGAUAGUAUAAUAGUAGGUACUAUAAAUUUUAUUCAAGAUGCGUUUCACAACAUAGUAGUUUCAUCAGUUGAAAUGGUGAACUCUGAACCAGUUCAACUGAUGAAACUAUCAUGUGGUGAAACGCGUCAUGAAUCAAAUUUAUAAUGUGAAAAUUGCAUAAUUAUUAUCAUGGAUAGUGUUAUUGAUUUCCAUCAAAUUACAGAUUAGAUUUCAAUUUUUUUUUUAAUAACUUCGAUAUACAAUGUAAAAAUAAAAUUGUACAACUGAUUGAUUCCACAAUCUGAUAACAAAUUGCCAACGCAAGAUCUAUUCCUUAGUCAUGCACCAUAGUUUAUAUUUGUCUAAACUAUAAACUUCUGGCGUGGAAUAAAUGUAUUGAAAUCUAACAGUUUAGUUUUAGUCAUAUCCUGAAGAUGCUUAGUUGAUUAAGAAAUCACUCUCAAAACGGUAUUUAGAAAUGCAGUAGAAGCAGUACAUCAGGAACAGUCUGAGGAGUACUUUAUACUUGAACUGAAUUAUUAAAAAUUUGUUAUGCUUCAAAACUGUUCAUCACAUUAAUUUUGGUGCAGAGAGAUUGGACCAAUAUACCAACAGUCAUAUACCAUUGAGUCAUUUAAGGUGUGUUCCAUACUCGUACAAAAUUUAAAACAAUUUGAGAAUGUCCUUAUAAAUUGGCUGAGUUCACUUUUGGUACCGAGAUUAUAAACAGCUUGAGGAAGUUAUUUAUAUUCAUUUAGGAGUUGUCUAUGGGGAGAUAUAUAUACUUGAAUGAGACUUUGAAAACAUCCUUAAAAAAUUGAGCCCAGUUUUUUUUGGUACAGACACUUUGAGAGCUAGUGGAACGAUAUACCAAGGGAUGAUUCGUGUAUGAGGCAUCUAAAGGGUGGUUUAUAUUCAAAGGAAACUUUCAAAAAUUUCUGUUCCACAAUGAAAAAUAUUUAGCCAAGUUCAUUUCCGGUAUAGAUACUCUGAAUAGACUAGAAAAUAUAUCUAAAGAUAAUUUAUUCAGGAACCCUCUAAGAAAUUGUUGAGUUGUGAAGUUUUCAUAAUGUAGAGAAUUGUUAAUUAAGGCGAGAUUUAACCUCAGAAGAAAUAUUGUCUUGGAAUUUAGUAAUGAAGUUAUCUAAUUCAUUAGUUGUACCAUUUUUUUACAUUAUAUAUUGAAUUUACGAGAAAAUUUCAAUUUUUAUUGGCAGCACUGAUACUUUGGUCACUAGGUUGAAACAGACAAAAAUUUACCGCUACCUUCAUAUUGGCGAUAAAAGAUGAAACUAGAAACUCCGACAUAGAAUAAAUACAAAAAACAAGCACUUUUCUCAAUCACCAGAAAUGCAAUACUCUUAUUGACCUGCGUUUCACCAACCAAGUUGAAGUCUGUACGAAAUGAAGAAAAAUCUACAUCUCCUGAAGACUACAAGUUGAUUGGUGAAACGCUCAUUUAGAAGAGUAUUGCAUUUCUGGUGAUAGGGUAAAGUUUUUGUUUCUGGUAUAUAUUAAUAUUGGUGGAUUCUUGUUUCAAGAUUUACCCAGAGAGAAUAGGCAUAUAUUGUUCAGAGAAUAACUUCAAAACCAAGGCAGAUAAACAUCAAGAGUGCCACGUUUCUGCUAGGAUUUGUUUUUCUACUUUCUGCCAACGAAUAGGAAAAAAUGGAAAGGAUA